GUUAGAAGGGAUGGAAUUAGCACGAUGCCAAAUAGAAACUACGUUGGAUGGUCGGUCCCCUUUAAGUUGGGGGCUCAUGGCUGCGUGAAAAGAACCACCUGUUUUUCAUUAUUAUUGCCUUUGUAUAUGUCAGUUGUUCUACACAAAUCUGACCGUCCGACUAUUGAUACUUUGAUUCCUUUGCGCAGCCUUCCUUUUUCUACAAUUUGAUUCAAUUCAAAGCCCUACGCAUGUCACUUGCGAGUCACUGUACCUGGACAUAUAAUGAGAUGCGUAGACCACUCAGCUUUAAACCUUCCAUAGUUCAGACCUUUUCCACACAUUUGCACACAGGAUUCUCUGAUAUUAGCAGAAAAAUUACCACUCACCCAUCUUUCAUGGCAAGCGUUUCGACCCAACAAGAGCCCGUUUCGACUCAGGAUGGGUCGAUUCAGAAGACCCAUCAACCCUUGCAGGUUGCAAAGCGCUUGGAGAAAUUCAAAACGACAAUAUUUACUCAGAUGAGUAUGCUUGCUGUCAAACAUGGAGCUAUUAAUCUCGGGCAAGGCUUCCCCAAUUUUGAUGGCCCAGAGUUUGUGAAAGAAGCAGCCAUUCAAGCAAUCAGAGAUGGGAAAAACCAAUAUGCCCGUGGAUAUGGAGUUCCUGACCUCAACUCUGCCGUGGCCGAAAGGUUCAAGAAAGAUACUGGACUUACGGUGGACCCUGAGAAAGAAAUUACCGUUACCUCAGGAUGCACUGAAGCUAUUGCUGCAACCAUGUUAGGCUUGAUAAAUCCAGGUGAUGAGGUGAUCGUCUUUGCCCCUUUUUAUGAUUCUUAUGAAGCCACUCUGUCGAUGGCUGGUGCCGAAGUUAAGUGUGUCACAUUACGGCCUCCAGAUUUUGCUGUCCCCAUUGAUGAGCUCAAGUCUGCAAUCUCUAAGAACACUCGUGCAAUCCUUAUGAACACUCCCCAUAAUCCCACGGGAAAGAUGUUCAGCCGGGAUGAACUCAAUGUGAUUGCAUCUCUAUGCAUUGAGAAUGAUGUGUUAGUUUUCACGGAUGAAGUUUAUGACAAGUUGGCUUUUGAAAUGGAUCACAUUUCUAUUGCUUCCCUUCCUGGAAUGUAUGAGCGGACUGUAACCUUGAAUUCUUUGGGGAAGACAUUCUCCUUAACAGGCUGGAAAAUUGGGUGGGCAAUAGCUCCCCCGCAUCUGACAUGGGGAGUGCGACAAGCUCAUUCGUUCCUCACUUUCGCCACAUCCACUCCGAUGCAGUAUGCAGCUGCAACAGCUCUUAGAGCUCCGGACUCUUACUAUGCAGAGCUGAAAAGGGAUUACAUGGGAAAAAAGGCUAUUUUGGUGGAGGGAUUGAAGGCUGUCGGUUUCAAGGUAUACCCAUCAAGCGGAACCUACUUUGUGGUGGUAGAUCACACCCCUUUUGGGCAGGAAAAUGAUAUUGCGUUUUGCGAGUAUCUGAUCAAGGAAGUUGGAGUGGUGGCAAUACCCACGAGCGUGUUUUACCUAAACCCUGAAGAUGGAAAGAAUCUUGUAAGGUUUACGUUCUGCAAAGACGAGGGGACUCUAAGGGGUGCAGUUGAGAGAAUGAAAGAGAAGCUGUUGAAGAAGUGAUCAUCCGAAUGCACGGAUGUUCAUCAUUUGACUGAAGAGCAUUGUGCUACGUAGAAAUUUAAAGGUAAUCGGUAUUCUCCUUCCUAGCAGACUGUAGACAAAUAAUAAAUUUAUAAAAUGAUGAACAUUUUGAAUUAGUUGUAUGAAUUUUGCUGCUUGUGAUGCUGAGAAAUUCUAAUCUUAGUAGGAAAUGCAAAGUGAAUUUCCAGAUUUUAUGCA